UACAUGUAAAUAUAAAUGUAUUUUUAAUAUCUUGAUGAAUAAUUAUGGCAAUGUCCUAAAAAUGACACAGAGUCUUUAUAAAACAUGUACUACAUUCAUUAUCAUUACUCAGCUUACUGUAUAUAUAGAAUUUGUUUUGACUGCAACCUUGCAUUUCACCAUGAUAAACCAUUGACUUGUUGUCUCAAGCUGCGCUAUCUACAUGUUCACAAGACCUUUUCUAUUUGACUUUGAUAUGAGAGGCUAAAAUUAAAAUCAUCAAUGUCCUUAUGACUUACAUGUAGUCUAAAUACCAUUGAACUGAGCACUUGUAAUGGUGUAUUGAAGCACCAGUAUUUGGAAUUCCCUAAACAACUGGAAGUACUUGUAUCAUCCAUUCAUCUCUAAUUAAGAGCAGAGUAUGAUGGAGAUUUUAUGCUAGAGUUAUUAGUGCAGAUAAGUGGUUUGUCAUUUCUACUCUCUAAUGAUAGCCAGUGCAAAUCCUAAUUGAUAUGUAUCACCAGUUGGCUACACCCAGUUUUGCUUUGAUCAAUCAGACCAGCGCUAGUUAUAUGCGCUGUGUGGGAAAAGGUCAAGGCCACAGCUACUCUUCUGUAAUGAAGAAGGGCACUCACUAAAUACCCUCCACUGUCAAAUGGAGGGAGUGACAGAAACAAAACAGUUUGUGUGUGAGAGUUAUAGGUGUAUUCUGUGCUACAAACCAGGAAAUGAAUAGAAUAUCUGCUUGCUAGAAUAUCUAUUCCAAACUAGUACCACCUUAUCAGGAGGAUGCCAGAGUGUAGCGGUGUUAUGGGAGAGGAGUAUGAAUCUGUGCCGCUGCAGCCCUUUCUACACCAGGUCAGUGGACACACGGGGAUGUUCCAGUACGACGACAAGACUGUGUGUAAACCACUGAACGUACGGGAAUACAACUUUUACCUCAACGUACCACACAACCUUAAGCAGUUCACUGCAGAGUUCAGAGGAACCAUAGAAGUGGAGAUUCACGAGGACAGUGACGGGUAUGUGACAAUCCUGGGUCAUCGACCCACGUCCACUGACUGGCAGAAAUCAUCCAAGUGUGAAAACUUCUCCGAGAGGGCUUCACAGAAAGUCAAGAAAGAAGAAGGACAACACAGCUUACGACUUCUAAGAAGUGGCAGUGUUGAGGUUAGUACUCAGACUGACCAGGUUUUUGACUCACAAGACUCAACAAAUAAAACAGAAAACAUCAAUCCCUGGAGCCUGCGUUGUCAUAAGAAGACGCUGACCAAAUUGAGGAAAGCCAACCAGGGGCCGGUCACUCACUGCAAAUUCAUCUUGUUGGAGAAUGUGGCAGCUCAGUACUGUCACCCAAGCAUCCUGGACCUGAAGAUGGGCACGCGCCAACACGGGGAUGACGUCUCGCCGGACAAGAAGGAGCGGUUCAUGAAGAAGUGCCAGAACACGACCUCCAGCAGCCUCGGGGUCAGGAUCUGUGGGAUGCAGGUUUAUCAGGAAGACAGUGAUAAAUAUGUCUGUGUCAAUAAAUACUAUGGAAGAAGUUUAGGUGUGGACGGUUUCAAACAGACAUUGCACCAGUUUCUCCACAACGGCUUUGUACUGAGGAAAGACUUGUUAGAUCCAAUCAUACAAAAGCUUAAGGACCUUCACCGACACAUUCAGUCACAUGACACGUACCGCUUCUACUCCAGCUCACUCCUCAUCAUGUACGACAGCAGCUCUCAGGACGACCACCCGGGCAAGGGCCUGGGCAAUGACAAGGCUGGCCCGGGCUCCAACCCGGUGGAUGUGCGCAUGAUUGACUUUGCCCACAGCACCCACAGUGGGUUCCAGAAUGACACGACUGUCCACUCGGGCCCAGAUCAGGGCUAUUUGUACGGACUAAAGAAUCUUAUUGACGUUUUCACUGACAUGAGAUGAGUUGUCGUCGACGGAAAAUUGAUAAUUCUGUCGUUCUGAGAGGAGAAAGCCAGUGAGUGUGCAUUGUUUGCAUGCAUAAGAGUACAUUUGCAUGUAUUCUGACAGAGUAUGAGAACUCUGAUCCAAUGGAAAUAGUACACAAGUCAUAGACAUAUACACGUUUUAUAGAUAUAUAGAUAUUACCAGAACCUUUUAUCAUUUUGGCAAAUGAGUGGAUAUUAUUUCUUCAGAUCACUUCGGCUCAUUAAGGCAUAUAAACUAUCCUGAUGAAUGGAUAUAAACUAUUAUUAUUAUAGACUCACAAAAGGAUAUAAAAUCCUUCAUAUCAUAGACUGAAAAAAUGGAUAUAAACCCUUCAUAUCACUAUAGGCUAGAUAAUGGAUAUGAAAACCUCAUGAAGUUAUAGACUGAUGGAUAUGAGCACUUAUUAAUGCAUACAUAUAGGCUGAUAGUUAAACCUUCCUCAUCAUGUGCACCGGUAAAUGGAUGUAAUGACUCUUGCCUCAUAAUAGACAUGGAUAUAGACACUUUGUAGGUACUGGUACACACAAAUACCUUGAACAUUGUUAUAGUUGAUCAAAGGGACAUAAACCUCACACAUUAUUAUGGACUCACCACUGAUACAUGUACAUAUUUAUUGUUAUAUUUUGGUUUUGUACAGAAUUGAUGUUUGUUAUUUGUGAUACAUGACAUUAACUGAGGGAUGCAUGUACUCCUCUUUUGUUCUUCAUAUUGGAGAGUUCAUUUAAACUUUUAUAAAUACACCAGAAAACACAGAGUUGUUGUCAGGUUUUAAAACAGAGCUUAGUUUUAUUUUCUCAAAAAGAAACUGGGAGCUUUUGUUAUUACUUCCAUGUCUUGUUAUUGCAACUCAUUUAUUCAACUUUUUUUUUUAAAAAGAAGUUUUUUGUAAAAAAAAAAAAAAAACAAACCUCAAAGUUCAGGAUGAUGUAUAUGGUUUUUCAUAAUUUCAUAUGAUGACUUUCUCACAGUAAAAUCAUGAAGUGCUUUUGCAAGCCAUCUCAUCUCAAAAUGUGUAAACUCUUUUUGUGAUUAAAAAAGUGACCAGAUCAUGGUGUUUUCCACAACAUUGAUGAAAAUGAAAAGUGACCCUUUGGGACCAUCUCAAUCUCACUAAAAUUUAAACAUUCAGAAUUUGACGGUUUAAAUUUUGUUAAUUUUUGUAGGUUUGUUAUUUAGUUAUUAGCUCAUCUCAAAUGAGGGGUUCAAAUACUAUGGAAUCAUUAACUUUUGAGGGGGUCAAUUUUCUUAGAUAUCAUUGAUUUACAUAUUAAUGGGGACAGAAGUUUUUAGGAAAUACUAAUGAGGGGCCCAACAGAAUGCACAAACAUUGAGUCACCAUAAAUUUCAAUGAUUCCACAGUAAGCUUUAGUGCAGCAUUUCAUGCGUAAUUGUCCUUAAAAAUUAGAUGAUUUUUGAUAAUUAGUUUGACAAAAAUAUUCUUGGGUGAUAAGUGAAAGCAGUGUAACCCCCUCUCCUAAAAUUUAUUUUCUUUUCCUACCCAAAAUUAUUAGUCCUCUUUUGAAUUGAAGAAAAUUUGAUAUAAUUGAGAGAGCUAAUAUGAAAAUUUCUCUUGAGAAUCUGAUAUGUUGGUAUAAAAAAUUUUGUUUGAGGGAAAUAAAUUUUUCUAGAGACCUAUAUGUCAUUCCUGGUGUAAUUUAACAAUUCCAACUGGUGUGGGAGAUUUUUUGUUAUCAGCCUGGAUUGUAUAGAAAAUGGACUUUAUUACCAUGAUUAUAUAUAAAUAUUAUGAUGUUUAAAACCAGAACUAAUGAUCUCAUGCUUUGGUUUGGUGAAUGGUGGUGAAUUGUGUAUUUUAAGUGGCUGGAAACAUUUCCCAUCCCUAAUCCUGGGAGAUCUUUUCUUCAUGCCCUCGGUUGCUUGUUCGAUGUUUGAACUUGCAAAGUAUAUAGUCGCAAGUUUGAAUGGUAGUAACAUUUGUAACAAACAACUAUUUACAGUUAAAGUAAAGACUAAGAUUUAUAUUUAAGAGUCUUGAUAUACAAAUUUACAAUGUGUGAAAUCAGAUAGUCAGCAAUCUAUCCAUUGAGUCUUUAAGUUGUGAAUUUUUAUAAUUGUUAAAUGUGUUUACAAGAUGCAAUGUUUAUGUCUUUUUUUUGUUCGUUUGAUGUAUUUACUUUUAAGUAAUUGUGAAUUUGCUAUAUCCCAACAUCAGUAAGAAACAUUUCAGAUAUUUCAUUCAAAGUACAUGACUUCCUGGUUGUCUUGAUUUGUUUGUUUAAUGGUAUUCAAAGGGUUAAUGAGCAAGUCUCCAAUAAUGUUAAAUGGCUAAGUAGAAUCAAUCAGAAUUAAAGGUCUGAUUCAUGAACAUGUUGACAACACUUAUAGCAUUCAUAGCAGUGACUGCAUGUAUUCAUAUGGUACCUAUUCAUCUCUGGAGAAAAAAUCUUUAGUACUUGUAAUUAGUUUUAAAUAGGGACACUUGUACACCACAGACGACACAAACUGGUCUUAAUGUCCUUGUAUCAAGAACAAAAGUUUGGAAGAGAUUAGGUUGUCAGUAAUGGUGGCAGACACAGGAUGCCACUCUGCAGCAGUGCACCUUAGAUUAAGUCCCCUUCUUAAGCACAAUAUACCAAUAUACAGCAACAAAGCCUAACAUACCCCCCCCCCCCCCUCUUCUCCGACACAGUCUCGAUACUCUAUUUGGUUUCAGUCAGCAAUCCCUUAAUUGCACGAGAUGGACUUGCAUUCCAGGGACAUUGGCAGCAUCUCCCAUGUUUUGUGUUACUCCUGAUAAUUUUAGAGGUUCAAACCUGGUUUUUUUAUUCAGUGUCUUGAAGUUUUAAGAAUUUCUAACAUGAUUUAUGUUGUAAAUUAGUAUCAUCUGCAAUAGAAACUUCCAUGUUGUGAUUAUCAUCUCAGGGAGUCAUUUUGCAUCGUUGACAGUUUAGGGGUAGGGGACCAGCUUACUAGUCAUAUACGGUGUCUCACAAUGAGGACCAGUCUAGUCACGUGAUGUCUAACUAUUUCCCAUGCUAUUGACUACAACUGACAAGACAAACCUUGCUACCGUAUCUUGGCGUCAUACUGUAGUAUUAAGAGUUGAUAAAAAGCAUUUUUUUUUGUCCACGGAAAAGAAUUUAAAAAAAAAAACCAAUACACAAAAAUUCCUGUAUAUGUAUUAAAAUAUUUUUUUGACAGGAGGUCUUGUAUGUUUCUUGGUCAUUGAAAUACUGUAGAGAUGUGAAUACAUGUAUAUUCAUUCAAUUAUUAAGCUUUGUCCCCCUUAGAUUAAUUAUUCAUAUUGAUGCAAUAUAAACCAAAGUGUCUCAUUCUGGUACACUUUGGACUGUUUCAGUAGUAUUCAAUAUAGUGUUUAGUUAAGGUACAUUAGUUGCAUGUUGACAUUAGAAAAAGACCUUUUACAUGUGACUGAAUGGCAAAGCUACAUGGAUUGUGAUGUUUUGUUUAUAGAGACAUAUCUUUACUCUAUGAGAAUUUUAUGUGUUGUAAAGUUAUCUUUGCAAUAAAAAAGCAAAAUCUUU